AGAAAGCAGUAUUUUUCGUAUGUUGUAUUUGUGCGGAAUUUUUCGGCGUUCACAACGCGGUCAACUGCAUUUAGUGUUUUGUGAACUGUUCAAGAAUCCGAUCCGAAUAUAGUUGCUAACAAUAACAAUGAUGCAGAUGAGCGAGUACAAGGUGCUCUCGCAAAAUGCACCGCAGGACGAGAAUGGAGCAGUGGUCCUUCAGCCGCAGGCGGCGAAUGCCAGAAUCAAUGCCAAUGGAGCUGAGAACUGGAUGUCGAUACCCGUGGGCAUGCCCAACUGCCCGCAGGGACUGGAAUACCUGACCGCCCUGGACCAGUUGCUCGUGUCGCAGAAGAUCGAGAAUCUGGAGCUGAUCACCGGCUUUGAGACGGAGAACCGCUUCAAGGUGAAGAACUCACUGGGCCAGAAUGUGUACUUCGCCUACGAGGAGAGCGACUGCUGUACACGCAACAUGCUUGGCCGGUCGCGUCCCUUCGAGAUGAAGAUCCUGGACAAUUUCCAGAACGAGGUGCUCCACCUGUACCGGCCCUUCAAGUGCGACCUCCUCUGCUGCUUUCCCAGCUGCAUGAACGCCGUGGAGGUGUCGGCGCCACCCGGCCAGGUGAUCGGAAGCGUGGAACAGGUCUGCACCUUCAUGCGGCCCAAGUUUAACAUUAAGAACACAUUCGGCGACACCGUCCUGCAGAUCGAGGGACCCCUGUGUCCCUUCAAGUGUUUCAGUGAUACCAACUUCAAGGUUUUGAGCGCCAACAAUGAGGAGAUCGGGAAAAUCACCAAACAAUGGUCCGGACUGGGGAGGGAGCUGUUCACCGAUGCGGAUUACUUCAGCGUCACCUUCCCGCUGAAUCUGGAUGUUCGCAUGAAGGCGCUUAUAUUCGCAGCGCUCUUUCUGAUUGACGCGGUUUACUACGAGGAGUAGGCUUUCGAUGGAUCGAAUUUUUGAAGAACAAACAUUAUUAUCGCCGACUGUUUUUUGGUUCGACGUGUAACACCGUCAUAGCUAUAAGAUUUUCAUAACCCCUUAUUUGAUUAAUGUUUCCGGGAAUCUGAACUGUGCAACGCUUUGAUCGAUAUGGAAUCUCCCCAGCAAAAGGAAUCUCCCGCACAACUUCGAUCUGAACCGCAGUUGCACCUUCGUUUUUUUUAUGGACCUCGGUAUUUGGCAUUUACAGCACACCACAAUAUAGCACACAGUGACAACGCACAAAC